AUGAUUGACUGGUUAGUAGAGAACAUAACAAACUGGCGACGAAAAAUUGCGUGGUCGGAGUUUACGGAGGCAGUCCAGAAUGAGCGGCAAGUGACGCUCAUUCCUCAUCACCGGUGGAUGUUGGCAAUGGGUUCCAUUUGGGUUUGCGGCCGGGUCACUGCUGAACACCACACGGCCAAGAAAGUCCGUGGCCAGUACAAAUAUGCAGUAAUUGCUCUGCGUUGUCCGGGUGUCUCGUGUCUAAUCCGAGCAAGCAACUGUCGUUCAGCUGUAACAGCUGUAGCACCCUUUCGGGACCUAACUGCUAUGCCACCGGAAGGAAGCAUAAGGGUUGGUAUACUGCCCGGUUACCCAAGCCUAGACAGGGGACGUCGAGAGGCAGAGGCCGGGUUCGUACCACGAACUUUCCGUUCAGUCAUACUAAUUGUGAUGGAGGAGCAGAUGCUUUUCGAGAAUUUGGACGAGAAACUUGAAGACGAACUUGCUGUGGUACUGCUCAUUGAAUGCCUUGCUUCAUCACCAGUUAUAACCACCACAUGGCUUUCCAUCAACUUUGAGCUGCCCAUAGGAGAAGCAGAGGGUACUCCAGAAACAAGGACAAAAACGUCCAUCGUAAGUUCCCCACAACUUUGUUGUUCCAUCCUACCAAUUUCUAGCACCUUCGAUACAAAACCUGGUAAGAAGGUGAGUCCAAAAAAGACUGUUCCGGAAAAACCAGUGGCUUUCAUCUCCAAGUCAACAGAUCAGGAGGAAGAGGAAGAAGAAUUUCUAACCAGCGCUGUGCUUAGGUCCUCAAAGCGUAAACGCCUAAUCAUUGAUUCGGAUGAGGAAACUACUACCGAUCCAGUCGAAAAAGUCCCACAAUCCCGAGCAAGUCCACGUAAAUCGGCCGAUCGUGAUCAGAAAACGACUACAAAAGCUACCAAGAAAAUCUUGGCUGCUGAUUCAGAAACAGACUCGCCAACACCGAAGCCAGCACGAGGCCGAAGACCCCGCUCUGCUGCAGCUGCUACCGAAACUGAAAGGGAGUCGUCAAUCGCUUCUCCGUCACGUGAAUCUCGGACGACCGUGUGCAGCCCAAAGAAACCUCAGGCUUCUAAACCCAAGAGUCCGGUCAAGAUGAAUCGUCGCAGACGACAGGUUUUGAAGACAUUCAUGGAUGACGAUGGCUACAUGGUGACUGAGAAAGUGUGGGAAAGUGCAUCAGAAAAUGACGAGGAACCCGAUGAACCAAUUGAAGCUGUCCAGUCGGCCGUUGACGCUAAACCUUGUGUAUCUCCGUCGAAGCAUGACACUGAUGCUCGUCUAACGGGCACUCCAACCUUGGGUUCCACAGCAGGAUUGGCUACCGAUGGACUUAUAAUCAUCAUCAUCAACGACAGCAUGACAUCAGUGCUCAACACCAAUGCUUCACUGCCGUACAGCCAUGACUUAUUUGAAAGCCUUAUUGUAAAGAAAAGAAUAAAGACAUUCACUCAGGCAAUCUGGAUAGAAACUGACAACAAGAACGCCACUGACAUCGUGAGGAUCACGCGGUCCCCAUCCUGGAAGGCGAGUAGCACCGACAGCACCCAAGCGUUUCGUGAUCUCCCUCAUACUCCUCUGCCAGGUCAUGGGUUGGCCACCUCUCUGUUUACGCCACUCCGAAUUGGGCAUGGAAAACAGUACUCUCUUCGGCAAACGAUGGUUCGGCAUGCGUAA